CGUUUUUACCGGCGACUUGAGUCGUGAGUGAUUGCACACGUUAGCCGUCGUACUUGUUGCUGUCGACUCAUUGUAUUUGUUUCACUUUCUCUAUCGUUUAGCUUGUGUUUUGUGUUACGAAAAAAAAAUAGUCUAGCUUUGAUGUAUUUGUCUUCAGAAAAAAAAAUAUGCAAAACGUUUUGUAGUAACAAAAAAAAUACAACAGAAGGAAAAGUCUGAUCAACCACUGAAAAAAGUGCAUGCAUUCAUAACAUCGAUUAAUUGUGACAUUAUCACCCGUUGAAUCCGAACAAUUGCAGUAGUCAGAAAUGGCAAAGGAGUACAUAAAAUUGGAAAAGCUUGGUUCAGGCUCUUACGGUACUGUUUACAAGGGUCGUGAAAAAGACAGCAAUGCCAUUGUUGCAAUGAAGAAGGUGCACAUGGAUCUGAUGGAUGCUGGCUUGCCGCAAUCUUAUUUACGGGAAAUAUCGGCGUUGCAAUCAUUGCGUCAUGAGAAUAUCGUACAGUACGAGGGCAUUGUGUGGGAGAGUAAUGAUCACAUUUACCUCAUUUUUGAGUAUAUGACGACUGAUUUGCGCAGCUACAUGGAUGAAUUCGCACCGUACGGACUAAAAUUGGCUGCAGUACGGAGCUAUUUAUAUCAAACGGUCAAAGGAUUGGAAGCAUGCCAUAAACAAGGGAUUUUGCAUCGUGAUCUAAAGACUGAAAAUGUGCUAAUCAACAAAAAUGGUGUCGUUAAGAUCGCAGAUUUUGGUUUGAGUCGAGCAAUAAGCGUUCCGGUGGGCUUGCGUUAUUCGACUUGCGUCGUCACUCUGUGGUAUCGAGCACCCGAGAUAUUGCUGGGACAAAAGGGCUACUCGACGCCAAUUGAUAUCUGGUCUCUUGGAUGCAUUUUUGCCGAAAUGAUCAGUGGCCAUGAGCUGUUUACUGGCGAUUCAGAAAUCGAUCAAAUUAACAAGAUUUUUUGUAUUCUAGGAGAGCCCACCGAAGAAAUAUGGCCACAUGUGACUUCUUUACCGUAUUUUCGUAAAUUUUCCGAUCUCGAAGUACCAUGCCUUGAAAAGAAGAUUCUACUACGUGGUCCAGGCUUCGACCUUCUCAAGAUGAUGUUGACGUACAACCCGAAUAAACGGAUCUCGGCAAAGCGAAUCCUAAACCAUCAGUACUUCAAGGAUUCGAUUAAAAUGUAUCCACUGUUACCAUAUUCAAAGUAGCCUUAUCGAUGUAUUAUUUUACAAAUUGUACCAUUGGACAAAGGAUCUUAUUUUAAUGUUGAUUGUAGUAUUUUAUGUGUUCAAUUGAAUUGUUUAGAUUUUAGGCGCAAAUAUCGGAAACAUUCAUUUAUUUCAUGCCAAUUCUGUUCAAUUCCAAAAUGCGCUCUAUUGUAUAAUGUCAUAAAGACUAUAUUCGCAGUAUUUUCACUGAGUCGGGCUUGUGUUUCGGGCUAGACUCGGAGUGUGCCCAACAGUACCAUGCACUAAAAUAUCCAAUUUAAAAUUAUAAGUAAUAUGUUUUGAUCAUUGUUUGCUGUUGAAAAUGAAUAACGAAAUGAAAAAUUGUCAAAAUGUUUGCAUUCAUCAAAAUCUACAUAACAAAAACGAAA